ACAUCUUGAGUUGUGCGCAUGCGUGACCCCGUUUCUUCUUCGCCUUGCACGCUGGGAACCACCAGAGUCACUUUUCUCCGUCAUGGCGGCCCGUGUCCUGCAGCAGUGUGUCCGCACGCUCGCCCGGCCCUCGCUGAGGCUUUCCUCCGGUAACGUGGCUUUCAGAGCCGCCGUUCACCGACCUCUAUCCUUUGCCGCAGACAGCCGGAGGACGCGGUGGGUCGGUCAGAGCAGGAUCCCUUCAGUGGGCGUAUUGUGCCGACAGUAUGGGGACCUGCCCCCCCUCACCAUAGAAACCAUCAAAGACCGUGUCAUGUAUGUCCUCAAGCUCUACGACAAGAUCAACCCUGAGAAGCUGCAGACAGCCUCCCACUUCAUGAAAGACCUGGGUCUGGAUAGUUUGGACCAGGUGGAGAUCAUCAUGGCCAUGGAGGAUGAGUUUGGCUUUGAGAUCCCUGACGGAGAAGCAGAAAAGUUGAUGACUCCGGCGGACAUUGUACAGUAUAUUGCAGACAAGAAGGACGUUUAUGAAUAAUCUGUUGUCCGCUAUAGUCCACUACAGAGAUAGGUUGACCCCAGCGUUACCUCGCAGGAAAUUUCCCACUUCCUUCCUGUCUGCUGUUCUCUGCAUUAGGGCAUCGUCGACGUCUCUGACUGUAUUUAAAUGAACAUGUUUUUUCGGGGCUUAGAGAAAAACAAAAUGAAAAUGUUAUAUCACAGUUUUGAUUUUUUUCCUUGCAGCUCCACAAUGUGGUUUCAGUGUAUAAUUUCUCAUGAAUAGAUCAAUAAAUACACAUGCUGUAUA